CAUGGCAGGUGUUAUGUCCUGCUUAUGACAGUAUCAUGUCAGUCUUAUGCACACCCGUCAAAGUGUUACCAACUUAUUUCUAAUUUUAAUUAUUGUGGGAGUUAUUUCUGACAAUAAGAAGUAGCUACAAUGAUCGAAAAUACAGUCUUGAAAUAUGUCACUCUUUGUGAAUUUAAUCUGUAUUAUAGAGUUCCACUUGAAUAGGAUUACUAAAAUACAAAAAACUUUUUGAUGACAUUUGGAUGCACCUGUUUUUCUUAAUCUACAAUUUAAUCAGUAUCAAGUUGCUGAAAGUUUUUGUUUGGGUGGGCUGUGGGUGCCGUUCCGUUACAGCGAAGGAAAAAGAAAGGGUGGUAUUUACGUGACGAGGAGGAGAGACCUCUUAGGUCACCUACGCAUUCAGCGUCAACACAGUCAUCCACUGUAACAACUGAGAGUGGGAUUUCCUCUUAUGUGUUGUCAUGCAUAAUGAGCAGAUGACACCCCCACACACACUAUAUGUCAAAAUGUUACAUCUCUACAGGAAAUUAUUGCCAAAAUGUUUUUUUGUUUCACAUUUUUGCUGCGUCUACAAAGUUUCCCCAGAUUUUAAACUCAACUUUAAACUUCCCUUAAAUGUUUAAUUUCCAUACUGUUUUUUUAAAUAACAAAUCAAGCUGUGCUUCCUUAAAUAGCAGCUUUCACUUUCUCUAAAGUGGGUCUGAGUGGAGAACUCCAGGGGAAAUUUCUAAACUGACGAGGGGGGAGUUUCCAUUGCAGCGGAGGUGGAGCUACACUAAAAGGUUUGAUCUGUUAGAGAGGGCUUGUAGUCACUAGCAGUAAAGACACAAUACCAACUUGUUGGAAGGGGUUUGCAUGGUUGUGUAGAUACAGUAGCAUUCACCGAAACUUCACAUCUUCACUCUUGAAUCUAUUCUACCAGCAAGCAAGUCUGGUAAAAAUGAAGUUUCUUGAGCUCAGAGACUCCAUCAGCCGCUUCAGAUUUGCUCAGUCAUGUCUGGGACUCACAGGUUGUGUGUGUGUGUGCUACUCUAUCUGCACACCACACUGGCUGAAAGACAAAAGAUGGUGGUUAAUCUCCAACAAUAACAGCAGCAACCAGGAGAGGCAUGGAGAUGACAUUCCUUUAUAUGAGGCAGAGAGAGUAUUUGGAGUCAUUUCUUUAUUGAUGGCUUUGAGCACUGCAGCGCUGUGUCUUGUGUUUGCCCUCUGCUGGACAUCUAAGACAGUGCACUCCUACUCCAACACCCGCUCUCUCCUCAUGGCCGGGCAGGCUCUCUUCCCCACCACUUUGCUGUUCCUCACCAUGGCCUCCACAGGUUUCUUCUUCCUGCUUAGCUGGUCUUUAUUCACCUAUGAGCACUGGCAGGUUAACAAUGAAGACUUCUCUAGCCUCGGCCGAUCCUACUGGCUGGGGGCUUUGGGAUGGAUCCUUCUGUUGGUGGUGGAGACAGUGGUAUUUAUUGCAGAGCAAGCUGUUGUGCCUAACAUUAUACCAGACUUAGAGAAGGCUGUGAAGUCAUGGCAGAGUGCUGCUCAAUAUGAAGCCACCAAAAGGGCUCUUAGUGAGGGUUGACAACAAAAGCAUGUUGGCUCCUAAAAGGUUCCCGUCAGUUCCUUGAAUGCACUUUAUAAAUAAGGAUGUGGUAGAGAGUCAGUCUACCUUGGUAAAACAGCUAGAUUGAGGGCUGUCAGCUGCAGAUUGUUUUCAGUAUGAAAAGAAAUAAAAUCCAAGUACACUAAAGAACUAUAGCUGGGGUCCACACAUCUAGGCCUCAAGGCCAGGUGACCUGCUACUUUUAGAUGUGCCCCUGGCUCAAACACCUCAAUCAAAUGGCUGAAUUAGCUACCCAGUGCAGUCAAGGCCUCCAGAGUCCUGCUAAUAACCUGAUUAUUUGACUCAGGUGUGUUGAAGAAGAGAUGCAUCUAAAACCUGCGGGACACUGGCCCUCGAGGUCCGGAUUUGAGGGUCCCUGAACUAAAGUACUACCUGUAGAAAAGACUGCAAGGUUCUGAUGUUCUGCCUGAAGCAGAUCCGGGUGUGCGUGGGCUUUUUGUCAGAAAAGAAAAAUAAAGUAAAAUAAACACUGUUUUAAAAAUUCAGUCAGUGAUGCUCCCUGAAAAUAUCGCUGCUGCAAUGUACUGGAAGAACUUUAGAAAAAUGCUGUUUUGUUUAAGAACUGUAACACUUUUGUAUAAGCACUUUCAAUCUCAUGCAAAGAACAGUGGUUUUGUUAUUGUAAGCCAAUCAAGCUUUAAAACAAAUGCCACUGAAAAUUGUGUUGUGUUAUUUUGUUGUUUUAAUAAAAGAUCUAA